GAGGGAUGAGCAGCGCGGCCGCGGCGGUGCCGAGCAGCGCGGCCACCCGUCAACUUUCUCCCGUCGCGGGAAGUCCGUCUCUGCCGUCUCCGCCGCGCGGCGCCUCCGACUGACGCCGUUUUGCGGCUGAAAGCGGCCGCGGAGCGUGCACCUUUGCGCAGAGGAGCCCCCCUUGGUUUUCGAACGGCGAGCGGCUCCUCCGGGUGCACAAAGGCACAGCGGCGUUCGCAGAGGAACUUGUUCGGAGUGAACCGUGGGGGAAACGCUGCGAGGCGAGAUAAACAAGCUCCGGACUCCCAGAGAAAGCGGCGGCCGCGCACCGCCGCCCCCGCCACAAACACCGUGUUCAGACCCCCCCGGCCGACGAAUACAAGGUUACGGUGUAUGCCGGUAGUGAACGUGUGCCGCACCAGGCCAGUCUUGGCAGCAUGGUGAAGGCCCAGAAGUCAUCUGGGAGGAAGAGCUCUGUCUGUCUCCGCAGAAAGACUGACCAGGCAGAAAUGGAGGACGGCCAUUUGGACCCACAGGGUCCGCCUCAAGGGGGGCCCGCCGGACACGACCAGUCCUUCGCCGAAACCCAUUACCAGCUGGAGAACUGCGGCCAGAGGGACGCUCCCUAUGACGACCAGGAGAGGGCCGGCUCCGCAGCCCACCUCCAGGCCAAGCCCAUGUGGAAGCCCAUCCCGCCCCUGCUGCCGGAGCCCCACAGGACCAGCAGCACCUGCAGGACCAGGGAGCAGGGCUGCCAGACCGACGAGCAGCUCCAGCAGACAAGUGCCUACAAACACGGCUUCGGAAACACAGGUCUGUGUGCGGAGCCCGGCGACCCUCCUCUGCUCCAGCAGCCCCUGCAGACCUCCAAGUCCGGGAUCCAGCAGAUAAUAGAAUGCUUCCGCUCCGGCACCAACGAACUGAAGCAGAUGCUGCUGAAGGAGGUGGACACCAUCUUCGAGUGUAAACUGUGCCGCAGUCUGUUCAGAGGCCUGCCCAACCUCAUCACACACAAGGAGUACUACUGCCUGUCGCGGCUGCACGACUCUGACGGCUCGCCGGGAGACGACAGGCAGGGUGUCGCCAUGAAGGAUCUACUGGACGCGAUAUACCCCAGGUCAGACCGGCCGGACUACGUCGUGCGAUUGGAGCCCAUUCAGACCACCAACAAGGCCGUUUUCCAGUACAUCACCACAGAGGAGGAGCUCGCUCGAUACCCGUCACACACGCCCAGUGCCAGAGAAAGUCCCGUGGCCUGGGAGGGAGAAGCAACGGAGGGAACUGAAAACAAUCAAGCCAGUCAGCCGGGAGCGCCGGAAGCUGACAGCAGCCCAGGAAACAACCCGGUUCAGAAGGUUGAGGAGGAGGCCAAGAAGGAAGAGCAGCCGCAGCCUGAAGACGAGGGGUCCAACAGUGGGGUGGAGGAUGUGACCAUUUCCUGUUGCCUCUGCGGUCAGGACUUUAACUCUCGCCGCAGCAUCAGACGCCACUGCCGCAAAAUGCACCGGGCCAAACUGGAGGAGCUCAGGAAGUUCACCGAAACACGCACAGUUCCCACAAGUCUGCUCUCCAUGGUGAAAGUUGGAGGCCGGCCGAGGACGCUCAGCACACCUCCUGGGAAAUCCUGCCCCGUGUGCCUGAAAACCUUCGCUACCAAAGCCAACGUCCGCCGCCACUUCGACGAGGUGCAUCAGGGCGUGCGGCGGGACCCGUCGCCCAGCGUGGCCUCGCGCUCCGCCCAGCCCUUCUCGGUGGAGGUCACCCCUCCCAGGAAGAGCAGCAGCUCCUCCCCGACGCGCAGCCACAGCUCCAAGUCCACGCCGGUGAACCCUAAAGCGACCCCGUCGGGCCAAAGCCAGGGCAAGCCUGCGAGUCCGCUUCCAGCCUCGCCUCAGGCGAACGCCGCCUCGUGUCGGUGCACGCUCUGCAAGAGGAACUACAGCUCCCAGCUCAUGUUGAAGAGACACAUGCGCAUCGUGCACAAGAUCUACAGCGUGAAGAAUAACAGGUCUGCUGCUGCGGCUGCAAACGCCACCGCCGCCGCCUCCACCACGGCCAGCACCGCCAUCAACAGCAGCAGCAGCGGCGGUGGCGGCGGCGGCGGCGGCGGCGGCUCCAGCGUGGGCGUGGCCUCCAGCAGCAACAGCAUCCGGGUGAAGGAGGAAGCCGUGGAGCCCAGCGAGGACGGAGCCGGAAGCGGCUCCGCCCCUCCGGCGGCACAGAACCCCCUGAAGGUGAAGGAGGAGGAGCCUUCUGUCAAAGUCAAGACGGCGGCGUCCGCGUCGUCGUCCCGCGGCACCGGCUCGAGCGGCGCCGCCGUCGCCGGGAAAAUGACUAAGCUGUCGGUGGGCUUCGACUUCAAGCAGCUCUUCUGCAAGCUGUGCAAGCGGCAGUUCAGCUCCCGGCAGAACCUGACGAAGCACAUCGAGCUGCACACGGACGGCAACGACAUCUUCAUCAAGUUCUACCGCUGCCCGCUCUGCCGCUACGAGUCCCGCCGCAAGCGCGACGUCCUGCGCCACGUCACCGUGGUCCACAAGAAGUCCUCCACCUACCUCGCCAAGAUCAUGCCCAAGCUGGAGAGCCGGGCGGUGAAGCGGCUGGCGGAGGUCGUCCUGAACAGCACCAACAAGAGGACGGGCGGCGGCGUCAAGGAGGAAGUCAACGGACGCCACGCCUCCUCCUCGUCCUCCCCCUCGCCGUCGAUGCCGGUCACUCGCAAGCAAGAUGGCUCCACAUCGGCCAUGACCGCUUCCUCGGCCUCUGCUCCCUCCUCCUCCUCCUCCUCCUCCUCCUCGUCCUCCUCCACCCUGCCUCCAGCCCCUCCCUCCAGGAAGCAGGACCCGUCCUCCGUCCUCCCCUCGUCGCCCCCCGUCACCCGCAAGCAGGACCGGCAGCAGAGCCACCAGCAGCGCCCCGUCAGCCCGCCGCAGACCCGGCGGAGCGAGAAGCACUCGCUGUACCGGAACUCCUCCUCCGGCCCCGCCCCCGCCGGCAGCCCCGCCUCCGCUCACCAGGCGCCGCACACCCGCCGCCACGACGCCCAGUCGGAGAGCAGCUCCACCGAGGUCAAGGUCACCAAGAACUUCUCCCUCCACGCCUGCGACCAGUGCGGACGGGCCUUCGCCAAGAAGCUGUACCUGGAGUCCCACAAGCGAAGCCAUCGCAACGCCACGUCAGAAACCAGCAGGAGGAAAGGAGUCAGCACCCGCUCCAAGUCCCUGGUCUGGUGAAACGCAACCGCGGGGGGAUAAAGGACGAGCGAGCCGCCACUAACAAUGACAAGUCGAUUCCAAACACUCAACUGGAAAAAAUAAUAGACACACGGAGCAAGCAGCGAAAGCAGAAACAUGGAGGAAGCAAUCAGAGGGAGUGAUGGAGUGCGACGGAGGAGUAAAACGGCGAAGGAUUUUAUUUUCCACCUUUUGUUUGAGAACCAAAAAAAUGCUGUUGGACGUGUCGUUCUUACAGAGUUUGAUUCUAAAGCCAGCCGUCCCGCUGGCUGGCGGCGCUGCUAUCCGCACUGAGACUAAGGUGAAGACGAGAUUCACUACAGUUGUAAAUAUAUACAUGAAUAUAUUUGUAUUUACUUACCACAGUAUGUGAACAUGGAUCCAUAUGCAGAGGACGAACUGGUAGUGCCAUGCUCCAGGUGACCUGUGUGUUACGGAACGAUGAAGGAUGUGUGUGUGCGCGUGUAUGUGUGUGUGUGUGUGUGCGCGUGCGUGGAAAAGUGUAGGAUGGUGGGAAUGAAAACAGCCUGGAAGACUCUUGAUGAAUUUGCCCCCCUGUAGUCCCACACAGACGGUUCAGCUCAGAUCAACUCGUUUCAGGCAUCAGUGUAUUUACACAUCCGGCCGUGUGUGUGUGUGUGUGUGUGUGCGUGUGUGGCGAAAAUGUCAUGUGUUUACUCACCCAACGACACAUUUUCCCGAGGUUCAUUUCAUGUUUGAACCACUGGUGUACCUGAAGGAACACUGAACCAAGUUUAAUCCAGUUUUAGAUUAUUGGCUUAAAAUUGAAAAUGUGAUUUAUUUUUUUUCCCCCCUUUCUGUUCGUAUUGAGAAAGAAAAAGGAUUUUACAACGUUUAAUCGCGAUUUUUCCUUUAAAAGAUACCAUGAGCUUCUUUGAUUGCCGCCAUUAUGAGUUUCCCGGGGCUGUUUUCUCUCAUCUGGCUCAUGUUUUCCUCCUUCCUGUGCUCCGUUUGACUCGACCUCACGCCGCCUCACCUCGAUGAAACAUCAGCCUCCGUAACUUCAGGGUCGUAUGUGAAAUAUUUGAAGUCGUGCGUAUUAAAGGGACGUUUUCUCUCCGCCGGUGAGCUAAAACAGGUUUAUUAUUUCACUUUAUGAGAACAUGCAGCAUCGCGUUCAUUUUUCUUAAAGCUGAUUAUUUAUACACCUGUUAAUUGCAGCUGCUGAACGUCAUCAAACUGUUCAUCCAGUCGCGAUAAUGUCGGGAGUCCAAACGCUCAGCGAUGAAGGGAGCCGACGCUCAUCUGGUUUCUUACUUCUGCAUGUCCUCACAGGAAUUACAGCAACAGCCACGCUGCCUUAGAAACCACCCUGUAGUCCACAGCUCCUCAUAUGAAGCAGUCACUGCAUGUGUUACUGCCCUAUACCCCCCCGACCCCCCCGCCCAUCAGAUAUCAGACCAACAAAGGGCAAUAGUCUCGACUUCAGUGCCUCUAAGCAGCAGAGAUUUGAACUGAGAUCAGAAAAGAAAGAAAGAGAAAACAGACCUGCUGAAUCCUCUCAACUUCGAAGUUUACAAUAAAGUUUUCGUUCCAUUACCUUUCUCUUCCUUAAUGCUCCGUCUUGGACUUUAAAGUGCUGCGUCGGUUCCAUUCGAAGCCCGCUUUCAUGUUCUCACGCUUCCUCCCGAAGGUAGUCUCUGAAAACACUGGCACACCGUGAGUGGUUGGGAUGAAAGCUACUGAGGAAAAGACCAAAUGUAGAUAUAUGUCUUAAUUUCUGAACAGAAAGCCAUGAAAUGGAACAAAAAAAAAAAACAGAAAGAGGAAAGACCAAACUAUUUUUCUAAGUGAACAUGCUCCUGCAAACAAGGUCUUGACAUGUAAAUACGGACUCAUCCCACCCAGAUGGUAUAAAUAAUAGUUCUAAUAGUCAUAAUAGUUACUGACUUAUUGUUUUGAACAUGUUCCGUCACUGUUUCAUCGUCCCACCAUUAGUUGUCUUUUUUUGUGUCUUAUUCCAUUUCAAGGACUUUUUUUUUGUUGUUGCCACGUGUCGAGCAGUGGGCAGGAAUCAAACCUCAAGAGACUUUAAAAAAACAACAACAAAAUCUCCACAUUUCUUUCAUCAUAAGUUGUGAUAUGUUAUGAAGCUCACCUCCUAGAAAACUUGAGUUUGAGAAGCCUUUCAGAUGUGACGCGAAUGUUUAAACCAACCACUUAAUAAAGAUGUUCUGCUCCAAACC